AUGUCGGAGUCUCCUAUGCGUUUGCAUUUUCUCUUGAUACUCUUGCUCUGUUGUGUCUCCCCUUCAAGCUUCUCAAUUGUCACUCUUAAUGAUGAUGUUGGUGGUCUUGUUGGUUGUCGUCCAUGCCAGAUUCAAGCCUUUACGCAGUUCAAAAAUGAGUUUGAUACUCGUGGUUGCAACCAUAGUGACUUCUCUGAUGGAGUCUGGUACCAUAACUCCACCGGUGAGAUCACGAAGCUACAACUAAGUGCCUCUCUCAGUGGAACCUUGAAGUCCAACAGUAGCCUCUUUGGAUUGCAUCAUCUCCGUUACCUUAAUAUCUCUGAAAACAACUUCAUCUCCUCUUCACUCCCUUUCGAGUUUGGCAACCUCAACAAAUUAGAGGUUUUAUCUCUUCCCUCUAAUGGCUUCCUAGGCCAAGUUCCUUCCUCAUUUAGUAACCUAAGCAUGCUUUCCUUUUUAAGCCUAACCAAUAACAAGCUCAAUGGUAGUUUCCCACUUGUGGGGAAUCUAACUAAGCUCACAGCUUUAGACCUUUCUCACAAUCACUUCUACGAAACUCUAAAUUCCAAAAGUAGCCUAUUUGAGUUGCACGAACUCCGUCAGCUUGAUCUUGCCUAUAACAAUUUCAGUUCUUCACUCCCUUUCGAAUUUGGAAAUCUCAACAAAUUAGAGAUCUUGUCUCUUUCCUCUAGUGGCUUCUUCGGUCAAGUUCCUCCCACAAUUAGUAACAUGACUUCGUUAACCGAGUUGUACCUUGCCAAAAACAGUCUCACUGGUAGUUUCCCACAUGUACACAACCUAACUAAGCUCUCUCUUCUAAACCUUUUUUGGAAUCACUUCAAUGGAACCAUUCUGUCUUCUCUCCUCACUCUGCCUUUUUUGACAUAUCUUAAUCUACACGAUAACCAGUUCACCGGUUCCAUUGAACAUCCCAACUCCUCUUCGUCGUCAAGACCAAAGCGUCUGUUCCUUGGAAAGAACCAAUUUGAAGGAAAAAUAUUGUAG